UAGGAUAUCAAUAGGCAAUGGCCUCAAUGUUUCAACCAAGCAAGGCAUUAAAGGAAAUUCGAAAACAGUUAAAACAAUUGAAUCAGCAAUACAGAGAAGAAUGUGAAAUUAAAGAGAUGGACAGAAUCUCUGAAAAGAAUAACAACAGUUCAGAGCAGCUUAUUUUGUCAGGUUUUCCCAAAAAGCAAACAACAGAAGAGGAAAAGGACCUUGGUGCAUUGGAAAAUAGAAGCAAGUUGGAUACAUUGCAUUUCCAGACAUUUUUGGAAGAAGCAUGUGAACCUCCUGCUGAUUUAUCUGAGCACGUGGAGUCCGUGAUUACAACAAUGAUAGAGAACUUAGAGAACAGCCCACAGGAAUCAACAUCUCAGGAGCUACAUCAAAUUAAUACAGAUAUGGAAGACGAAGAAGAAUGUAGUAUUGAUCAGGUGGACCACCUAAUCGGUGAUGUCAUAAAUUCAGUCCAGACUGAUUCGUCAUAUGAUGAAGAUCUCCAUUGUAUUGAACAAGCCGUGGCAUGUACAAUAAGCAAAGUCAAUCAAAAAUGUUCUCUCGGAGCUACGGACAAAUCGCUUUUGAAAGACAAUCCUCAAACCGUUACAUUUCUGUCAAAGAAAGAGGAACAAUUGCGGAGGAAAGAGAGAAUUAGAAAAGAUAACCAUAACAUAAUCGAACGAAGGCGAAGAUACAAAAUAAAUGAUAGAAUUCAAGAAUUGGCUGCACUUUUACCGCCAACAGUUCAUCCAGCAAUGAAACUGCAUAAAGGAUCAAUUCUGAAAGCAUCAGUGGAUUACAUAAAAGAAUUGAAAAAAGACACAUCUAGGCUCAUUUUAGUUGAAUCCAAACGUAAGGCAAUGGACACAAAGUACCACAAAAUGUUGUUAAAACUCUUUAAUGGAAAGAACGGCAAGUGGAAUACUUGA